AUGAACACCUGGCACAUCUGUCAGAGUGCCUUCCGUAGCAUCGCCUUCGCACGAUUGGCGGGUGAAGUCAGGAGACUUCCGCAGACGGAUGAGAGCCGCCAGCGCGUGCUUCAAAUCGUUGCCAUCGCAGAGCGCUUCGGCUUCGAGUUCAUUGCCCGCAACAUGACAGACUACCUGGUCAGCGGCACCAGCUUUGCCCCCUGGUUCCACCUGGGAAGCAUCUUCAAGGCCAUCCAGGAGAAGUUCCCCGAGAUGCUGCGGAUGGCAGGGAUGCCAGAGCCGGAUGAUGUACUCAGCAUUCUCAACAUUGGGGCCUUGGGGAUCUUCAUUGCAGGGCACACCGACCACAUGAACAAAGGACAGCCGCUCCUGGACGCGUUGCAUGAGCAUUUGUCUUCUGAUGCACCGCAGACGUCGCCGCGGGCGCUGUUUAUGAAGGGCGGAAGCACAGACAGCUCCUUGGGUCCAACCCUCUCAAGCGUGGAACGCGCUGCCCUGCUGUUUGCUGAGGCGGACUUCUUGCGAACCACGCAAGCGCCUGGGAUACCAGGCAACGGGGGCGUCCUUGGCCCGGCCCGGGAUGAGAUGAAUGCCUUGGUGCACACAGGAGUCCUCCUGAUUUCCAAGGGAGACAUCCUGGAUGUAGAACAGACCGUUGACGAAGCUGGCCUGAAGCCAGGGGAUGUGUUGACCCUUCAAGUUCGGCAGACGACAGACUUCGGUGGUGACAGCGCCGCAGUUUGCGGAGCAGCUGCAAGGUGUGCGGAAAGUCCGGGGUGGCCACCGGACAUUUGCGAGGAUUUUACGUGCGAUGGCGUCCUCGCAGACUUUGACAGCCCUGUUGAGGUGGAGCAGGAGUCCCCAGCAGUCGAAGUAAGGCAAUGGAUCUGUCGUCACAUGGGGAGAUGCAAGAACUGGCGCUGGCAGCAGUGCCGUCCAGGAGCAGCUCAGCAAGGAAUCCAGGACUCGCUGACGCAUCCUCACGAGCCCUUCUUUGUCCACGUGCUGCCCACCCCGAACGUGGAGUCCAACCACGUCCGGGCGUUUUACGAGCUGCACUGCGAUGCUGACUACAAGCGCUUGGUCUCAGAGCACAAGGAGUUCCGGGCUAGAGGCAUGUGGGCACAGGAGUACCAACCGAAUGCCAUGUCCGAGUUUGCGCGCCAGCUUGGCGAGACGGAAAAGGCGACCCUUUCUCUGCGGAAAGAAGUCCAGUCUUUGAUGCAGAGACUCAAGGGGACCCCGGACGAUGUGCUGCAGCAGAAGCUCGAGUACCUGGAAGGUCUCGUUUGCAGUAGCCAGACCAUGAACCGGGCAAUGGAACUCAAGCACGUUGGCAUCAAGCAAGAGUACCUGGAUCUCAUUACCUUCAAUGUUGUGGAUGGAGCCACCAGACUGAGUGAGUUGAACGAGGUCUAUUGCAAGAUGACUCAGCUCUUAUCUCUGUUUGAGCUUAACAUCUACAAAGUUCUUGGAACUCCAACCAACUUCUUUGCGACCCAAGUGGCCGCAUUGGAAUCAUGGCUGAAGAGGGCUCCUUUCGCGGCCUCGGCAGUCGUGGUCGGCAGCGGAGUCAUCAGCGGAGCUUUUGUAGCUGGCAUCGUCGCGCUGCUUGCUGACGCAGGCUGCAAGUGUGCCGCGUGGACCGUCCUAGCCCACGUCGCAGUCGGUGCUGGGAUAGGCGCCGUUGUUGGUGCUGGCGGGGCCUUGCUUGGGCUUCUCAUCUAUGCCGGAUACGAAUGCUGCUACCGCAAGAAGGACAUGAAAUCCGACACGCAACGAGUUGCCGAGAUGGUUGACGUGCUGAUGACCAUUCCCGACAGCCAGUACAUCAAGCAGCUGGACAGCCUCAUCUCCGAUUGCCACACGGUAACUGAGCAGCUUCCUGUGCAUGAUGACUGCCUGUGUCUGUAUUGCCACGCAGAAGGCCAACCCAGGUCAGGAAGUUGUUCAGCCUGUUGCAGAGGACACCACUACAUGUGUAAGGAGUGCUGGAAGUUGUACCUUCGAACUCCCCGUGGCAGUGAGGGCAAGUGCUCUGUGUGCGGUUUGUAG